CAGAAUUCUGUAUCUAUAUGUUUGUGAGAGUGAGUGUAAACCAGGACCACCGCCACUACACACCCACACACCAAUUUCGUUGAUGAAAAAAUAGCUUUUUAAACGGAAUCUCUGCAAUAAUCAUCAAGUUUCUCUCUCUAAAACUAACUAUUUCUCACUCUAGAACUAACAAAACAGCAAAUAAAAUCAGAAUCAGAAAAGAAGAUAUUAUUCUCUCUACUGAUUUAUUAAUACGUACACGGUACACCACACACCUGAUUACGCAUCACACGCUAUACAUACAUAUAUAAUACAUAUAUGUAUAUGUAUCUAUAGGUCUACUAUUUCUAUAAAUGAGGAUAUAUACAACAAUAACGAAGUUUAGUAGUAAUAAUAGUAACAGAGGAAGUGAGGUAUCUGUAAUGGAGGUUGCGCCGUCGCUUUCAUCUCCGGCGACGACUAUCGCCGGAGAUAAUGAUUCCAGAUCGGUUAAGAAACGUAAGGUCGGUAAUGUCGAAUUGAGGACAUCUUCUUCAUCGAAAUCGGUAAGGAUUACAGGCUCUGAUAACGAAGAUGUGUUUGAUGACGUCAGCUCCGGCGAUGUUAAGGCGGCGUCGUAUUGUUCAAGUAAUGGAGAAAUUAUGACUGAGAAACUGAAUUGUUCAGAUCUGGAGAAGGAGGAUAUAAUUGAAACAACAACAAAAAUCAGAUAUAAUUGGGGGAGUGUGAGAGAAAGAGCAAGUGAGAUGAAGGAAGAUGAAACAGGGGAAGUAUUUGAGUCACCGGCGCCGGUGAAAACAAAACCGCCGGUGAAGAUGCCACCGCCUGAUGAAAUUGAAGAAUUCUUUGCUGCUGCUGAAAAAAAUCUCCAAAAAAGUUUCAAGGACAAGUAUAAUUUUGAUGUGGUUAAGGAAGUUCCAUUGGAGGGUCGAUUCGAAUGGGUUGAAGUAAAGAAGUGAAAAUGGUGAAGAUAGUGGCAGUAAUUUUAGAGGUUUAAUUAAGGUUAACACAUAUCCACUGUAAAAAAAUUGGUUUUUGAGAGUUUAGAUGAAGGGGGUAAAAAAAAAAAAAAGAGGUACAGUAACAGUACUUACUACUACUACUAUGUGAAUUUUAACUUUUAAGCAUUUUAAUAUGAAUUGAUGGUUCAAUUU